AUGCUGGCUGUAGACUGUCCACGUCUCGCACGCAUAGAACAGGCAUGUACACACGCAUUUUUCUCUCUCUCUCUCUUUCUCUUUCUCAAUUCCUCUCUCUCUAUCUCUCUCUCUCUCCAUGUCUUUCACCCUCUCUCCCUUUCUCUCUUCCAUUCCCUCUCAAUCCCUCUCCAUCUCUCUCCCCUUCUCCUUUCCCUCUUCCUCUCUCUUCCCCAAUCUUACCAUUUCUCACUCUCUCUCCCCUUCACUCUCCCUCUCUCUCUCCAUCUCUCCUCUUACCUCUCUUUUAUUUCCCUCUCCCUCUCUGUCUAUCCCUCCCUCACUCUCACCCUCUCUUACUCUCUCUCCCUCUCUCUUACCCUUUCUCAUUCUUUCUCCCCUUCACCCUCCCAUCCCACUCUCACUCUCUAUCCUCUUCUCUCUCCCACUCUAUCUAUCCUUCCCUUACUCUCACACUUUCUUACUCCCUAG